CUGGUAUGUUUCCAGCGGAAGUUAAGCAGAAUGAAUUACAUGAUUGCCCAUCUGACGUUCGCUGACAUCUUUGUUGCCUGCUUUAAUAUCCUUCCACAAUUAAUCUGGGACAUCACUGAAAAAUUUUACGGAAAUGACGUAAUCUGUAAAUCGGUAACUUAUCUACAAGUGGUUGCGAUGCACGCGUCGUCAUACGUCAUCGUGGCAACCGGCAUGGAUAGGUAUCGGGCCAUUUGUAGGCCAUUCCAUUCCGUUAAGUGGUCCACCAAAAGUUCAAACCGAUUGGUUGCAAUAGCUUGGGGCCUGUCCAUUUUAUUUUCAAUACCUCAGAUGUUUAUAUUUGGAUUCAGAGCAAACGAUGGCGGAGAGAUAAGUUGCUGGGCCGUUUUUCACCCACCCUGGACAGUUAGAAUAUACGUAUUAUGGACAGCCAUCUCGAUAUACGCCAUCCCAGUUCUCAUCCUCUUCAUCAUCUACUCGCGUAUCUGUCGCACGGUGUGGCUGAGCAUCUGCGACAAAAGCGACAUCAAAGUCGACAUGGCGAAAAGUCGUCGGAAAAAAGUUUCGAUGACGUCAUACGUUUCGAGUUUUCGUACGCACACGACAAACUUCCAAAGAAAUCUCAUUGAACAACCUCAAAGCGGUUCGAAUACGAUGAAGAAACGAAUGUCUAGGGCGAAAAUGAGAACGAUCAAGUUGACAGUCAUCAUAAAUGCAUCAUUCAUUCUGUGCUGGUGUCCCUUCUUUGUUUCUCACGUCUGGGCUGCAUUCGAUCACAAAGCACCUUACGAAGGUCCGGCGAUGACGAUAAUUCUGCUGCUAGCCAGUCUGAACAGCUGCGUCAACCCGUUCAUUUUCAUCUAUUUU